GACCUCUGGCCACACCAGAGGCACAAAUAGAUUGAUUAGGACACCCUGCACAGGCAGAAGACUUUCCUGCUGAAUCACUUUGAGUUCCAGGACAGUCUAAGAGCAUCUUCGGGUCGGUCCAUAGUCUCACUCAUAAUUAGAAAAAUUUUAAGUUAUGUUCUGAUUACACUUUUUAGUCAAUUGAUUCAAAGAAAAAUAAACUGCUGUUCCCUUCUUGGUGGUUAUCUCGUUGUAGGACUGUAAACUGUAUCGAUUAAAACUCGAUCAGAUGUUUGAAACUAGAAACUACUUUUAGUGAAGUAGUAUAGAAAACAAAAUUGAAGAUAAUAUUUGAUAUUUAAAUUAAUUUUCGGCAUUAUAUAUAGUAUAUCUCUUGGUUUAAUUGAACGAACAACAUGGGAACUAAAACUGUUAUGUAUACGCAAUUGCAGCCGUGGAGUGCAGCUGGAGCUCCACCGUGUAUGGAAAGCAUAGCUGGUGGUAACGUUCCAGAGCGAAUCACCAAAUCCUACAUGACACCUCGCCAACACCCAUGGCGCCCGAUUAUGGGCUAUGAGAACAUCCAAGUUACACCCUUACCUGCUUUGGGAGUGACGAACAAAUUGAUGGAGCCAGUGUGCACUCCGACCGGCAUGAUCACCGAAGGUUUGAAAUUUCCCAACCUUAUUACAGGAUUCGAAAAGAAUCCUACCCAUGCUGCAAGAGCAGCUCUAUACACUAGAUAUACACCUUAUGAAUGGGUCCAAAAUGCUUUGAGCCAUUACAAUGAAUCGGAUACUAACAGGAAUAUUGCAGAAAGGGUGAGGUCCGAUGCUAUUAGGCUAAUGAGAAUGACCGAUGACAAAACUUCAGCCGAUCAGAGGGAUUCAGGCCGGAGGAUCGGAGAGAGGAUAACAGAUACCACCUAUUGGAGGAACGAAGUGUCCACUGAACUGGAGAAGAUGAUCGGCGAGUUGAACCUCCUCCAGGACACCAAGCGGGCCCUGGACAAGGCCUAUAACGACACUGAGGUUCCCUACCACAUUGCACAGGAAUGUCUUUACCACCGGGAGCAUCGUCAAGGAAUCGAUUUGGUUCACGAUCAGCCAGAGCAGUAUUUGUUGAGGGAAAUAGAUAACUUAAAGAUGGUACAAAAGAAACUGUCAGACAUGAAGAAUACAGUGGUUGAGCAGAUAAGAACAAACCGGGCAAGCCAACACGAGCUUGAAACUGACGUAAAGUCAAAGGAAUCAGCCAUCGCUAUAGAUAAUGUCUGCCAUCAGCUCAACAAUUUUUCAAGAGGCAUCAAUUACUACGGUGGCGUAGAAAAAUAUGACAAUACCCUGAGUACUCCUCAAAGUUGGUCAGAACAUUCGAAUAGGGUAGUUACCAGAUCACAGGCAGAGAGGGCUAGAUCUGCUCAGAUCCGAUUGGACGCUGACAACCUCAUAAAUGCGGUAAAUAACGAAAUCUGGAACCACUGGAACGAUACUAAUGCAGCGCUAUCUAGGAGAGCGACAGAGAUACUGGAGGCUAAGAACAAAGCUCAGAUGCAUCUUCACAGAGUUCUGCAAGAAGUUUUCGACAUUGAAAAGAGCAUAGAACUUCUGAGAAAGGCGAUAAUGGACAAGUCGCAUCCAAUGAAAGUGGCCCAGACCCGCUUGGAAGCUAGGUCCCACAGGAAAGACAUAGAAUUGUGUAAAGAUGAAGCCCAGUCGAGGUUGGUUCGUGAGGUGACCGAUUUGCAAGAGACCGUUGAACAAUUGCACAGAAAGCUGCAGGAGGCCGAAGCCCAGCAUCAGCAGCUCCUGAUGACCAGAUCCAACUUGGAAGCCGAUCUGCACAUGAAGGUUAACUCCCUCUUCAUCGACAGGGAGAAGUGUCUAGGGAUGCGGAGGUCCUUUCCCAUCACUGCCAAUAUCACGUAUUAAAUGGCCGAUGAGCGAGGCUAUAAGAAAAGCUUAUAAUCAAAUACAAAAUAUAUCUGCAUUUAUUUAUAAUGUAUUAUAAAAAACCUUCCUCAUGUAUAAAAAAUAAAUAAAUAUUAUUAUAUGAG